CCUCGACGGAAUCUCUCGUCGACGGAAUCAGCCAGCGUCUCUCUCGGUGGUAUCGUCGUCUCUAUCGGUUUGAUCUCUGUUUCUGGUUGUAGAUACUUUUUUUUAUGUGUCUUGUUCUUCAUACUGAUUUGUUUUUAAGGUAUCCAGAUUUACUUCUCUCUCUCUCUGUAUAAACUCCAUAGCUCGUCGUAUUGGGAGUAGAAGUAAUCAAUAGUUAGAACAUGGCAGGAUAUGAUUCUGUUAAAGCUAAGUUUAUUGAGGAGAGUCCUGAUACGCUGAUUAUGACAAGCCCUUCUUUCUUCUCUCAGUUCACUCUUGUUAUAGCCACUCAGCUAGUGGAAGAUUCAAUGGUUAAGCUUGAUAGAAUCUGUAGAGAAGAAAACAACAAGCUGGUUUUUGUUCGCUCUUACGGUCUUGUUGGGAUUGUUCGUGUGUCAAUAAAGAUAAUACCUUUCUUGGUUCAAUUUUGUCUGAAAACUAAGGAAUCACUGUGUUGUUUUUGAGUGUUGCCAUGGCUAGGGAAUAUGCUAAGUUGUAUUGUUUUGUUUUCUUGUUUGUCAGGAGCACACUAUAAUUGACUCAAAGCCUGAUCAUUUUCUUGAUGACCUUCGCUUGAAUAAUCACGGCGUGUCACAGACUUGUCACCGAGGAAGAAGCAUUGUAGACUACUCUUUUGUAAUUUUGUGUUGUCUAGUCUAGUAUUUUGUAAUUUUGUGUUCUCAUGUGUGUUCACGGACUUGUCUUUUGUAAUCCAUGCUUUUGACAGACUUUUGCAUGCUUGUGUAGUCUAGUAGUUGGUGUU